AGGUGCAGAUGCAGAUAAAACGCUCUUGCUGAAGUUGCAUUACUCUUCUUAAUUGGCUGUAUUAUUCGGUAUUAAUUUUUUAGGGAAUAAAAUUCUGUAGAACUGAAAUCGUCUGCUUCAAGUUUCAGUCAUCUAUAAAUCGUUUAAAAAAUUUGCCAAAUAUAAAAAAAUGAAUGCAAAAAUUUAUAUUUUGACGAUAUGUUUUUAUUGCUUACUCAAUUCCAACGCAUGGCCCAUAGCUAAACGUAUGGUGGAUAUGACCUAUACAUUUGACGAAACAACUCUACACUUCCCUACAGCCAAACCAUUCGAACUUACCACAAACAUGAAUGGAACAACUCCAGAAGGAUUCUGGUUACAAUUUGAUGAGUUCUCAUCAGGAAUCCAUCUUGGUACUCAUAUGGACGCCCCCUGUCAUUUCUCCAAGGGCGGCAUGAGUGUUGAUGAAAUUCCUUUGUCCACUUUAAUUGCUCCGGCAGCUGUUAUAGACAUAACCGAAAGAGCCAAUCAGAAUCCUGACGAGGAACUCACGAUCGAUGACCUCCUCAACUGGGAGAGGAAGACACAGCAAAAUUUAAAUGGAACUAUAGUACUUCUCAGAAGCGGCUGGGGACGCAGAUGGGGAAACCUUACUGCAUACGCUGGUACGUCUGAAAAUGAUAUUACAAAGUUGCGAUAUCCAGGAUUUUCCCCCGAAGCAGUACAAUGGCUAAUCGACAACAGAAACAUUCCCGGCAUUGGUAUCGACACAUUUUCUUUUGAUCGGGGAAUUUCACGCGAAUUUAUGUCGCACAGAAUCCUUCUUGGAAACGGAAAAUUCGCCUUGGAGAAUGUAGCCAACAUGGAAGAACUUCCUAUAUACGGAGCCACAUUAUAUGUAAUGCCUAUGAAGAUUGGAAAAGCAAGUGGAGCACCAACCCGCAUUAUUGCCACUUUUCCAGAAGUAAUUUUUAACACCGAGGAAGACUGGAAAAGCAAGUGGAGCACCAACCCGCAUUGCUGACACUUUUUCAGAAGUAAUUUUUAACACGUAGGUACCUAGUGAGUAAUUCUGGAACUUAUAUGACAGGUGACAGGUGACUGCAAGCCCUGGACACCCACACGACUUUGCAAAAGACUACUCGGGUGUAGUCCAGGACCCGCAACUAACUUAUAUGACAGGAAAACUUAACAUCAAUUGAUAAUUUAAACACAUAUACACUUACAUAUACACGUAGAAACAACACCCCCAACGAAACAGUUCAAGCCUGAAAAGCCCUGAAAGAAAUCCCUACGAAAAUAAUUCCUGCCAAAAUAGCUCAGCAAUAUAGCUUUCACGAUUACAUAAUUAUCGUUGUUAUACAAGAGAUUAUUUACAGCUUUUACAAGGGUCAAAAUAGCCAAAGACUAAACAGCCGGACGACACAGUGCAGAAGAAAUAGCCCACAUUUAUUUUAAAAAGCCCGAUAAAACGACCCACAUUCAAAUUCUGAAUACUUUUGAAAGCCAUUUUAUUGGGGCUAUUUAAUCUCGGGCCUGUUGGAGAUGUUACAGCUUGGGCUAUUUUGACAAGUGGCACGUAGAAUUAGUAUAACUAACAUACUCUCUCAAUCGAAAGAGUCGUAUUUGACUCUUAACGAAUGGCAUCCAAAUGGAAUACUAAAGCAUUUUAUAGAAUGCUUGAAAACUAGCCGACAAAGUAUGAAACGAUUCACAUUUUAUAAAUUUCCUUCCAAUUGACAAACCAGCAAAGUAUGAAAUACAUCUUCGAUUUUUUUCGAAUAUUUAUACAUUCGUACAUAAUUUGGCCUAAUUUAAAAUUAUGCAUCUCUUCAGGAAAUGAGGGAUGUCCUCCGAGUAUUAAGAUUAGUGGUAUGCAGUGUUGCUAGAAAUUUUUCAACUUAGGUAGCAAAAGAAGACUAAAAAAUUCGCAAAUGACAUCAGGGAUCACGUUAUUUUUUGACGUCAUAUUUACUUCGAUCCUUAGCCGUUUUAAUUACGUAUUUCUUAGCUUUAACUAAAAUUUUAAAACUAUAUUGCUUAUUCCUUUUGUAAUUAAUUCUCAUUUAAUUUAGAUUUCUCUUUUUAAAUUAAUUAGUAAGAUAUUCCUCAUGUUUAGAUUGUUAGCGUUUUUGUGCUAAAUAUUUUGAGUUGGCAGUUAAUUUUUUUAAUCCAGUGUUUUUUUUUCGCUUAUUUGUGCACAUUUUAAUUGAGGAAUGCUUUUCAGUGAGUUUUCUGUUCUGGGUGGUGGACUUAUUUCAAAUUCUGAUGCUUUGUUUGUUCUUUCACUGCUAAAUUUGUGUAGUUAUUUAGAAAAGUGCAGUUGUUUUGAUUUUUAAGUCAUUUCUAUUCCCUAGUUCUCAGCAAUAUUAUAAUCAGGAGGAUGAAUUUUAUUUCUUUCUCUGUUCGGGUACCCAAUAUAUGGCACGCAAGCUGCAAGUUCUUUUGUUCGAUUCGUUAUCACCAUAGAACUGAAGGGGGGAGGACUGUCUUAAAAACAAAAUCUGUAGAGCACUAAAAUCAUGGCUAUUAGUAUUAAGGUAUAUAAUUCUGGGUUUUACAAAGCAUUUUAUGAUAUAUUAAAAAAAAAUUUUUGAAGUCGCAAAAAGUAGCGUAAGGAAAUGAUGAAAGUCGCAAAAAUUUCGCAAAAUCGUAAAUACUAAAAUUUUAGUAACAUAAGUUUGUCAAAAGUCGCAAAUUUGCGAAAAAUCGCACAAUCUGGCAACACUGGUGGUAUGCACAUCGGUAAAUAAUUUCUAGAAAUACUAUGAACAGUUCAUAAAUAAAUUUCCUACAUUUUUUCUAAGUAAAUUUCUGUGAUUAUUUACACUUUUAUGUACGUUUCUUGCUAUAUUUAUGUUAAGUUAGUGAAAUUCCAUUGAAGGAUAUUUUUUCCUCAUUGUUUAAAUGCUAGCCCACCAGCGGCCGAGCGGUAAAGUCGCUGAACACUGGUAGUUCGGUCCGAGGUUCGAAUCCCGCGAACGGGCUGGCUCCAUGGGCGUUU